GCGCGCGAGCAUCCCCGGCGCCUUCACUUGGCAUGUUUUUUGUUUUUGUUGGGUUGCGCUCGCCGCGCGUGGGACUUGCAGUUCUGGCGUGGCGCGCCGCAGCUUCCUCAAGAAGCGCGAUGGGCGAAUGCGCUUCCGACGCGGGCGUCGGCAGGACCACGUGCCCCGCCGCCCUGGUUCAAGCGAUUCGAGGGCGCGCGGCGCGCGGGAGAUUCGCGCGGCUGGGCUCGCAGCGGCUGGCGCGAUGCAGCGCGUCUUUUUCGCUGUAUCCGCGUGCGCUGCCAUAGCCAGCGCCGCUGGAUCAUUUCGCGCCGUCGCAGCCGGCGAGCGGGCCAGCGUUUCCGGCACGAGCGGCGUCGCCGCUGGCGACGCAGAUGUCGAGUUGACCCUGCGCGCGCCCGAAGAGUCGACGGAGCAGGUUCUGGCUUCCUUGCGCGAAUUGGCGGAGCGCGAACGCGCCGUGCGCGACGCUGCUGACGCGGGAAUCCGCGACGACAAGGGCGCGCUGAUUGAGGCGGCGCGCGAGGCUGUCCGGCGAGUGGUGCAAUCCUCGGCAGCGCAGGCGCCGUGUCCGCGGGCGCCAGGCCCGAGGUGCCUCGCCGCUGCAUCUGCAGCGCGGGGAAUGAUUUGCAGGCUGCCAAGUUUGCUUGCUUCAGGGCGCCCGCCAGAGCGGGCGGCGCCACGCGCCCGA